AGAUGACAACUUUGUUGCUAAUUUGACCACAUUACGUGUAACUAACUACACUUCAACCCAUUUCUAGGCUUUCCCCUAAUCUGGUUAGGGUUUCAUUUGGGCCAGCAUUGGAUCAGAGAGCAUAUUCUCCAUAUUCUUCCUCUCAUACAUUCAGUUUCCCAUUUACAGCACAUCUAUAACCAGACACACCAACCCCAAUUCAAAAAGUAACAAUCUUGAUCUACCCCAAGUCAAGAAAUCAUCAAUCAUGGCAACCUCUGAGAUUUUGCAGACAGAACAAGAUCUUCUCAUGAUGUCUUCCCUUUUUGAUGACCCCAAAGGACAAAAUGUGAAGUCCCGAGGGAUAGACAUCGAGAAAAAGAUCGAGUUUCUUGAAAGCUUGGCUGGAAAAGUCAGCAACAGAAGAUCACGCAGAUGGUUGAAUGAUCGUCUUUUAAUGGAACUUGUUCCUCGUUUAAAUGCAGAAGAAAUUAGGGGCUUGUUUGCCCCACCACCUUUUGGUGAUGAUGUGCCACUCUCGGUAUUUUGCAUGACAAAUGUGGAGGAGUGGGACAAAUUCAGGAAUAUAGACAUUGAUAAAGAGGCUACCAUAAUGGAUGCUCUUGAAGGCAAAAGAUCGAAGCGAAAGAGUUGUGUGGAUAAUGAUAAGGUUGCAGUGUUGACUGCAUGGCAUAGAGUGGAUUGUCGAACAAGAGAUGCACUUCGGCGCAACUUUCUCCCUGAAUUGGUCAACAACUAUGAGCAAUGUGUACGAGCAUUUGUGAAUGAGAGUGGUGAAAAUGUGCUGGUGCUACGCAUUCAAGACCCCUUCCAGCGGUUAUUGCUGCAUGGUGUUUGUGAGGUGGAUGCCUUCACUGAUACAGCAUUCAAAGGGAAUCCAGCAGCUGUUUGCUUAUUGGAGGAAGAGAAAGAUGAUAAAUGGUUACAAUCUGUUGCUGCUGAGUUCAAUAUCUCCGAAACUUGUUAUCUCACUCCGCUGAAUGAACCCACAAAUACAAAUCCCAGAUUUGGCCUUCGUUGGUUCACUCCGGUUGCUGAGGUUGAACUAUGUGGGCAUGCAACAUUAGCAGCUGUACACUUUCUAUUUGCCUAUGGUCUUGUUAAAACUGAUACUAUUGAGUUUUCAACAAGAUCAGGAAUUUUAACUGCCAAAAGAGUACCAGAAGCCGUAGCUUCAAAUUCUCAGGACGAUUGGCCAACAGGUUACUCAAUUGAAUUGGAUUUUCCUGUUGUCCAAGUAACCGAGACCAAUUUUACUGAUGUUCCUGCAAUUUCAAAAAGCUUGAAUGGAGCAUCCGUGGUUGAGAUCAACGAGACAUCAAUGGGUGAUCAUUUUAUUUUGCUUCCAUCAGGGGAGGCAGUGGUCGAAUGCCAACCUCAGAUUGAUCUAAUACAAAAUUGCCCUGGCAGAGGAAUGAUCAUAACUGGACCUGCUCCACAGGGUUCCGGCUUUGAUUUCUAUAGCCGUUUCUUCUGCCCAAAGUUUGGAAUCAAUGAGGAUCCUGUUUGUGGAAGUGCUCAUUGUGCCUUGGCUUCUUAUUGGCGUAAAAAGCUUGGCAAAUGUGACUUUGUUGCUUUAGCGGCCUCACCUAGAGGUGGCGUCUUGAACCUGCAUCUAGACGAGGAGAAGCAGAGGGUAUUUCUGAGAGGGAAAGCUGUGGCAGUUAUGGAAGGUUCUCUUCUUGUUUAAUGUAGCGGUUGAAGUAUGUGUCCAAACUGUUUUAACUCUCUAAAUUGUCUACUUCACUAUGACUUGGAGAAAUCUUCUGUUUUUUAAGUUCCCAGUGUGUUUAAACAUGUAUCCUGAUGGACUUUAAUCUUCUGUUUCUUCUUCCCUUUGUCUCCAGUGUUAAUUCUGCGGAAUAAAAAUAAAAUUUGCUUUUAAAA